AUGAUCGUAAUAAUAUUAUCAUUCACUAUAUUAAAUAUCAGUUCCUAAGUGAGCGCAUAACCAUAAGAAUCAAACUGCAACAUUAUUUCUAAAAGUCUAAAUUCAAAAUAGGCAUCUUAAUUUGAAUACAAUUUUAAUACAAUUCGCAAUCAAGUAGCCAUGGGAAGAAGAGCAAAUCAUAAGGGCUAAAUUUAACCAGCCUCUGAUAUGCAUAUUGCAACAUGGUCUUAAGAACUAGCCAAAUUAGCUUAGGAGUGCUCUGAAACCUGUCCAGAACACCCUCUCAAUUGUAGAAAUUAAAAAGCUUAAUAGGGAUUUUUGAUUUAUAAGUAACUUGUUCAUACAGAAAAAUGGAACAUAGACCCAUACUUUAUUUUAAAUGAAUGGAUGUAAUCCAAAUAAUCUUCUCAAUAAUUGCUUUAAUCAAUGCUAUUUUAGAUUGGAUGUGGAAGAGCAAUGAGCUCUAAUUUAGGUGAAUAUGUCGUAUAUGUUGUAUGUUAUUUCGAUUAUGUAUGGAUUACCUCAUGA